UAUUGACAAAGUUGUUGGUGUGUAUUUUAGGACAAGUUACAUGGUGAUUUCUGAGCUAUAGGGCUCUGGUAAUACUCAAACAGUGGCGUCGAAUAGUUGCUCUACCUUCGAUACACAACUGAACUAUUCUUAUUAGGGUAGCGAGAUAAACGAGGUCAGAAUGGCUCAUAGUACCUUAUCAGUCAAUGCCACUAGAGCUGCCAUCGGCCGAAACCGUAGUUUCAGCAAUCCAACCCCCUUCUCAAUAACUUUAUUGGGCUCUACACUGGAGACUAUGUUGGAGCAUGAGAGCCUUCAGACGGAUUCCAACGGUGCGGGUGAUCCUUGCCAAGAUAUAAAUACACAGGCAGUUGCUAACGAGAAUCAGCAGGCUGAAGACAAACCAACUGCAACAGAGACCACUGGUGACCAUCGACAACCGCCCACACACGCACGCACAACCUCAAGUUCACCAGUACAGGAGCUUGAGGGAGACGUUGAUGCAGCACCAGUAAAUACAGACUCAUUGUGUUCACAGCGAACGGAAGCAAAUGUAAGGAGUGGUAGUACAAGCAGCUCCGUGCUUGGUGGAAUUAAUAGGAGGCGCAACAGUUUGGGGACCUUUAACUUCAAGAAAUCUAAAUUGAAAGUAGUUAUGAACUACAAAUUCACGCUCGAUGUACACACACCGAUUGUAUAUGAUCAUGGGUUGGUGACUGGAUUUCUGAAAAUAGUUGCGCUGGAGAACGGAAUCAUCGAGAAACUUUCAGUGUUGUUAGUGUGCACGCUGACUGUCAAGCGGAUCGACACGCCGAACAUCCAGAGAGUAUGUCCAGUAUACCAGAAAGAGGUGGUUCUGGGCCAGCAAGUGGAAUGCAGGAAAGGCGAAACAGACCACCCGUUCUCAUUCGUUGUCCCUCCCGGGAUGCCCUCAUCAUUUAGGAAUGGGUCAUGUGCUGUGACGUGGGAAGUUCGUAGCACAGACCGUAGCUGCGCUAUGCAGCCUGUGGUCACCCGCUGCCUGUUCAACAAGACAUCGAUAUACAGGACCCUUCCGGGAUUCAUCCCCACGGCACAAGCCGAGCGGAAGAUGUUUAUGAACCCGUCGAAACGCAUUAAAGUAGAAGCGGAGCUAUCCGCUGAUGUGUACACAGCGGGGACCCCGAUCGAAGUUUGUGUCAAGAUACUGAACGACUACAAGCUGCUAUAUCUCAAGCGCGUGAAGGCUAAAGUGGUCCAGUCGUGUGAAGCCUGGAUGGAGGGGCGCAGGCUGUUUGCGCGAGAGGUGGACUUGGACUGGAGCAAACACGAGGUUAAGAAUUGGGAGAAGUUACGGGUGGGUGAAUUCAAGCCGCUCGAGUCCGAAGCAGACCAACAGGUGGCCGAUGAGAAGUCGGCGGUGAGCAAGACGUUUGCGCUGCUACCAAGGAUAGACAAGCGACACAAAUGUGCCGUACAAAAGAUGUCAAUAGGAAGGGACUCUGAAGGACAGCCCAUGUCGCAACCAUGCCUACCGCCCACGACGGAUUACGCCAGCAGAGAUACGGGUCUGUGGGUCUUCAUCAAGUACUAUGUGAGCAUCAAGUGCGACGUGCAGGGUGCGGAUAGCAUCGAGUUCAAGCUAAAUGUCACACUACAGAGCCAAAUACAGGACACAGAUAACUUCUCUGCCGAUAUAGAGAACUGUCUCGUCUUCUCUCCAAUGGACGAUCCCCCCGAGUACGACGCUUUGCAAACGAAAUCCAAAACUUCAUACACGUCUUUAAGGCGAAAUUCUAUGGACAGCGUGUUCGCGCGGACACAGUCAGCUCUGGAGUCGCCGUUCCAACCAUAUACCAACAUUCUUAGCGACGGCACAUUGGGCGUACCUACCGCCAGCCAAGCACUGUCCUUGGACCGCACCCAGACUCUGCCUCAGGAACACACCGAGAACAACUUCCGCCCAUCAACUGGGAGUGCCUUCGAUAUAAACGCACACUUGGCCUUGGCAGCACACUGUGAGUCCUCUACCAAUACGAGAGUGCCGAGAAGGGCGUCCGUUGGAGGGGAGACCCGCAGUACGAGUCUCCGAGCAAGUAAGACCCCUUUUUAAGCCUACUUAUGGGUUGAGACCGAAGCAAAUUAUACCCGUUUGUAGGUCCUGUUGGGAUUUACGGUGUGUUUGUAGUGACACACUCGGCGAGGGUUGGCAACAGGGGUAACCUAGCAACCAUAUACAUACGCAAGGGCGUCAGUGCUAGUACUGUUCACAUGCGACAGACACAGGGCAAGAUAAAGCUGCAGCCAUACGCCUGGACGCGAUCUGGUGUCGUGAUAAAUUAGUAAUUAAAUUAGUAUAACUCUAAAUAGUAAAGCCAACGGUGUUGUGUUGCUAUGCUGUUAUUAUGAUGUGUUUCUAUGCUGUU